AUGGAGGAGAAGAAAAUACCAAGGAAGAGUCGGCACUCAACGCGCACCAUCGGCACCGUGGACGAGUCAAGGCCCGGCGAUCAGAAGCCAGCCAGGGAGGCCAAUCCCAUGCCUGUCGACGAUAGCAGGCUGACCAAGAGAACUACGUCAGCCGAAGGGCCGGCCACUGAGGCUGGUCCAGUGGAAGAUGCUAAGUCCAUCGUAGAGACUGUUUCAGACGAAGUGUCGCUGAGCGUUAAGCAACCUCCAGCUAAUCCCCAGGACCCGUCUAAACCCACCGAGCCUCAACUCACAGAGGCAGCACCACUGCCCAGUCCUCAAGAAGGCUUGUCUAUUGAUGACAAGUACCCCAUGGUCCCACCUCAGAAAAAUAUAGAGAAAAAAAGUGAUAUUGAAAUGCCUAAAGUGAAUAAGGCCACCGGUGUUCAACUGACGGCUGCAUGGCAAACGUACAAGGAGCACGAACAGCCGGGCUUUGACUUGACAGCGACCUUCGGCAACGGCUGCUUGCAGUACUCGGCACUGUUUAUUGCCGUGAUGGCUCAGUUUGCUCUCAUCACCCACAACUUGCUACCGAACAUCAUAGCCCCGAGCGUUGACCACUGGUGCAAACAGCCUCAAGAGUUCUUCAACAUAACGGCCGAGGAGUGGCGCAACAUUAGCGCCCCCCUUGAUGUCAAUGGGGUCUGGGAUCACUGCUUCCGCUACAAUCCCCCGUUGUCUGUCGCAUCAUCAAACCGAACUCUGGUACCUUGCCAAGAAUGGGACUUUGACCCAAGCAGCGGCAACUCCAUCAUCAGGGAGUGGAACCUGAUCUGUGAUCGGCGAUGGCUGCUCAAGUUUGCUUCAGUAGCGUACUUCACCAGCGCUUUGGCAGCCACUCCAAUCGUGGGGUACUUUUCGGACGAGGUAGGCCGUCGGCCGGUCAUCUGCAUCUCUGUCACUGUCCUGCUGGUAUCCGGAACGACCAUCUGCAUCGUGAAUACCUUCGUACCCUUCGUGGUGCUGCGUGCCUCUGUGGCCGCCUCAGUGAAUGCCGUCCGAAUAACCAGCUUCGUGCUGCUGUACGAGCUCUGCGCUCCGAAGUACCAGAUACGGUACUGCAUGUUAGCGCUCAGCUGCAGCCUCAUGACAGCACAGCCUUUUCUUGGCGCACUAGGCCUCAUCGGGAGCAACUGGAUUCUCGCACAGGCUCUGAUAAUGCUUCCCACAUCGCUGCUCGCUUGCGCCUUCUACGUCAGCGCCGAGUCGCCACGCUGGCUCGUCAGCAAGGCCAAGUACGAAGACGUGGAGCGGGCCAUACUCUGGGCGGCCCAGAUGAACAGGAAAAGCGUGAAGCAGACUAAAAGGCAGUGGCGCACCAUCUGGGAAGCCCUGCGACAGGUCGACGCUGCAUUGUCCGCCCGAGGCAAGUCGGGCCUGAGCGGCAUCCUGAACUCGCCCAUCCUCUUCCGUCGCAGCGUCAUCCUGUUCUUCUGCUGGUUUGUUGCCAUCGUCGCAUACUAUGCGCGCUUCAAGGCACACAAAGCGGACUCAAUCUGGCUGCUUUUGACCAGCGUAAUCCUCAAGGUUCCCAGCUUCCUCCUGGCGUACUGGUCCUUUACGAGGGUGAGUCGUAGACGAACCUUGUGUGCUGUGUUCGUGGGGUUCUCCGUCAUUUCCGGAUUUGGCGUCCUGUUCGUGGAGCUGGAGCUUUUCCCGGUGUUGGUAGAUGUGAUGUACCGGGUGUGCGAUGUCCUCAUAGACGUUAUCAUUACCCUGUUAUUCACGUACAAUCUAGAGUUGUUCCCGACCGAGGUUCGGAGCACCGGUCUAUACGCUGCGUACUUUUUCGGAAGGCUUGGCAGCUUGGCAGCACCUGUCCUCUUUGAUGUUGCCCGGACGGCGACCCUUUGUGCCGUUAGUAUUGGCGGCGUUCUCGCUGCCCUGACGGUGCUCUUUCUUCCGGAGACCAAGUCCUGCGCCAUAGUGGACACCAUCAUGGACUUGGAUGAAGCGAAGCACCAGGAGAAGAUGGUUCGUCUCGACCAAAUCUUGAAGAGCUCCGCUCAAGCCACUCCCAUGCAGCCCAGAAAACACCCAAAAACAUCUUUCCCCAAGCGAUGUGAGCGAAGUAAGCGAACCUUCAAGACUGACAUCCCUCUACACAGUCCAUGA